AUGGUUGGAUUCACGUACUGGGCAUCCCAAUGGUGCCGCGGGGUGGGGGGUUCUUGGCGCUGCAGAAGCGUUCCUCCAGGGGCUGCGUCGCGGGGGCCCUCGGAAGGAGGAGGCGCGGGGCCGCAGGCGCCCCCGAGCCCGCGCCUUGGCCGAGGGGGCGCCGUGCUGGCGGCGGCGCCCGGACAGGCCCCUCCUCCGUGGCCGUCCGUGUCGCGGAAGCGGGCGGGGCCGCCUUGGCGCUGGGCCGCCGCCGUGGGCCAGAGCGCCUCCAUGGGACCCGAGCACCAGGCCGCCUCGGCGCAGGGCUUCUCCGUGCAGCGCCUGCUCGACCAGGCGCCCGCCGCAGCCGCCGCACAGCGCGCCAGGCAGCCGUCCACAGCGCUCAGCCGGAGUCACAGUGAGCCGCAGCCUGCCGAGAGCCGCGCGUCCGACGCCGCUCGCCGCAGCCGCACCGCAUUCAGCGCCCAGCAGCUGAACGCCCUGGAGAAGGCGUUCGAGCGCAGCCACUACCCGGAUGCCUUCGCCCGCGAAGAGCUGGCCGCCAGGGUGAACCUCAGCGAGGCACGCGUACAGGUCUGGUUCCAGAACCGGCGAGCCAAGUUCCGUCGCAACGAGCGCAGCGCGCAACGCGUGGCCCGCGGCGAAGCCAGCGAGCAGCCCGUGCUGGCCGCCCCGCCCCCGCCGCACCCGGUCGCUCAGCUGGCGCGACUGCCGCCACAGGCGCCCUGGCACUGCGCUGCCUCGCUGCUGCCUCAGCCACCGGCGCUGCACGGGCCGGCCCGCUGGUGCUAGUCGCUGACGACGACGACGACCGUUCCUCGAACGUCCAAGCAAUCGCCCGGUGCGCGCUUUACCCGGGACUGCAAAAGAGUGCUCACUGACUUGGAACAUGACGGCCGCACGCGAGGCGGCACGAUCAGCUGAGGUGCCGGGAAGCGGUUAGGCGGACAGCUACUUGUUUUCAAUAAACGAUGCUUGAGAGUGGACUUCGUGACGCGAAAGGCUUUGCGACACCGGCAGAAAUGGCCCACGAAAGGGCCGCACGUGUAAGGAGCUUUUGUCGUCGUUGGGGGUAGGUCAACGAGCCCUUCGUUUCGUUUCAGCCUGUUGAUCGCUUGCCCUUGCCGCGGUCAGUCGGUCAGCAAGAGAUGAGCUCUGAAGCACGGUCUUCCGUCCGAGUGCGCUCACCAAGCCCGAUGCUGCUCAGCUUCGAUGACGAGAACAGGAGUAUUUGGGCAUGAAAUGGCCGAUGGUCAAGUCUAUACACUAUAGGGCUCUUGGUAUAUCUAUAGCUAUGUAUAGGGUAUAGUUCAUAGGUAUAUACGUAUACCUAUGUGUACCUUAGCUCUCAGAAUAAAUCUCAAUGCAUGCAAAGCCGUUCAUAACAUUGACUCCUGGCCAAAAAAGCGAUCCAGUCAGCCAACUUACUUGCAGUUGUUUUUCCGAGGAAAACGUUACGAUUUGUUGCUGGAUGACCGGUUGCAUUCAUUGUGUCAUCAUGAUAUCAUAUCUGAAAAAAGAGAAAGAAGAUACAGUACAGGUAAAUCGCAAUCACAAAAGGCAAAUCAAAAAGGAAGAGCAU